AUGCCCGUUCCGUUCGAGACUCUCCUCCCCUACGCCAUCAUGAUUGGUAUGUUCGGUGUCACUGGAACCGGACUUGCUGUCGUCAAGACGUGGCGUAACGAAGGCAAGCGACCGCGAUACUCGCUAGAUCAGUGGGAUAGACAAAGUAAGAAUCACAACGGAGGACACGUUAUGAUGGACCGCGAUCGCAGACUCACCGGCACUCUUCGAGGACAGAUAGACAGGCCAGAAGCACCACCAGGCUUUGAAUUCUCAAACGGCUGGAAACUGGAAAAGCGCUUCACGUAA